AUGGUAACGCAGCAAGCUGGCGACGACGACUUGCAAAAGGCUGAUACUGUGGUUGCAAGGGAAGGAACGGUCAACGGAGUCGGAUUGAAUCCACUCGAUGGAAUAAAUCUAUCGUCGAAGGAUAACGAUCGUGAGAUUGAAACCAAGAUCGCGAUGAGAAGAGAUCACAAGACCGAACGAGAAGAACAAGACAACAGAAUGUCUUCAUUGGACGUCAAUCUUGCAGACAACAGAGCAGGACUCGAUCGGUCCGAGGCGACGCAAAGAUAUGAAGAGGACAAGCCGUCUAAGAUCGACGAAGCUGACUUCGCAGAAGCACCAGUCUACUAUCACGAGAGUGGAGAUUUGUUUGCCGAAGACAUCGAGCAACACCUGGCGGUGUUACCAGAGAUGUCCACUGCUACGGAAAAAGUGACAAUUAACGACAUCAAGAUUGGCGAUCCAGACGUUCCUCUCACCAUAGAUCAACAAAGACUUAGAUCGCUGAUUUGGAAGAGCUGUCACCUUCUUAUGGGCAACGGAAACGCUCCACCACUAGCGGCACGAGGGGCGAUUUGUGAUAUCGAUGUCGGUGAACCCGCACCAAUUGCGCAAAGAGUCCGUCCAGUCGCACCUAAAUAUCGAGAGAAGCUGUCAGAUCUCAUCAAAGGACUGUUAGCAGCCAAGAUCGUUCAGUUAUCCACGUUACCUUGGGCGUCUCCGAUAGUGGUGAUCAUCAAGAAGGACGGAGUAGAUAUUCGCCUUUGCAUUUAUUAUCGAAGAGUGAACCAGCUGACGCGCCUGAUGGUUUAUCCCAUGCCGUUGAUCAGCGAUCUGCUGGAAGAUCUGGAUAAAGCUCUAUGGUUCUGUUCGCUAGACAUGGCUAGUGCAUUCUAG